AGGCGCCGUGCCCCGGGUGACCCGGAAAGACGACGUUCGGGCAGUAGCUGAAGAUGAAUGCCCUGACCAAGGUGAAGCUCAUCAGUGAGCUGAACGAGCGGGAGGUGGAGCUCGGGGUGGCGGAGAAGGUAUCCUGGCACGCCGAGUACAAGGACAGCGCUUGGAUCUUUCUGGGAGGCCUCCCAUAUGAAUUGACUGAAGGGGAUAUCAUCUGUGUGUUUUCUCAAUAUGGCGAAAUUGUUAACAUUAAUCUUGUACGAGAUAAGAAGACUGGGAAAUCCAAAGGAUUCUGUUUUCUUUGUUACGAGGAUCAGAGAAGCACAAUUUUGGCUGUUGACAAUUUUAACGGGAUCAAGAUAAGAGGAAGAACUAUCCGAGUGGACCACGUGGCUAAUUAUAGGCCCCCCAAGGAUUCCAGGAAUCUGGAUGAUGUAACCAGAACGAUCCGGGAGAAGGGCUGUGGGGUUAAAACCCCACCUCCUAAUUCAUCUGAAUCCUCUGAAGAUGAGACGCCUGCGAAAGAGCACAAAAAAGACAAAAAAGAACAAAAAACGAAGAAAAAAGACAAAAAUGUUAGAAUGAGUGUGGAAAAGCAGGAAAUGCCUUCAUCAUCCUCCAUGGCAUCCCGGCACAAGACCAGAAAGGAAAAGGAAGGUGUUGGCUUCGAGAAGUCUGCCCCUCUAAGCCGAGAGAAGGGUUCCAGUCCAGAGCGGCGAGAAGGGCGUAAAUACUCCAGUGGCUCACCUGUGCCCUCACGAGGUCAUCUUCAGAAAGCAGAGACCUCGAGGGAUUCAAGGAAGGAUAAGCCAUGGCAUAAGAAGUCCUCAGGCAGCUCCAGCAGGAGAGACAAAAGAAGGAAGGAAAAGAGCAAGCAUCGGGACAGAAGCCGAAGCUCUGAAAGGUGCUCCCGCCACCGUGAUGAGCGUUCUGAAAGCAGGUCCAGGAAUAGGUACAAACAUAAGUCCCGAAACUUUGAGAAAGACUGUCAUUCCAGGGAUCGGGAGCCAUCUUAUUCAAGUCGACACAGGUCCAAUUGAAUAUGUGGCUUAGCAUGAUUUUAAAAAAUAUCUCACCUGAGCUAAGCUGUUAUUGUUUCUGUAAAUAAAGUUUCUGUUCCUAAA